CUAAUAACUAACCCUGGUCAGAUAUUAAACCCAACCAUCCUCAGCAGCCCUAUAAGUAACACCCCAUAUCUGGUCGGCCUGUGUUUUGAGUAGUGUCUAAGUAAAUGCGAGUGGAGCAUUUGAAGCUCACACACAGAAUAUACAAAGCUUCAAGUCACAGGAUCAGCCUCUCCACAAGUAGUGGGGUAAGGCUGCCUGCCUUGUACCUCUAUCAGAUCCUGCUGUGAGGGGGAUCCUUGUGCGCUGAUACAGGUGUUUUGCUGCUAUUUAGUUUUGGCUCCCUUGAAACUAGGUCACCAUGUGUUCUGCGGUAUCUGUCCUUCCUCCUGCUGAGAUUGGUUUAUAUUGGACUGAUGAGCAGCUCGUUCUGCAUUUGGAGCAAAUAAUACUGGGAUUCUUUACCCUUCAGAACGGAAAUGUGACUGGAGAUAUUAAUCCUUACGAGCACUUGCCCUCAAAUUUACCUGAUAUUUGGUGCUUUAUAUGCUCAGAGCAGAAAAAAGCUUCAGAACAUGGAUUCUGGAAGCCCAGAGGGGAGGCCUGUGAGAUAUUUACAAACUCCAACAUCAUUGGCUGGAGAACUACACUCGAAUUUUAUGAAGGCCGAGCCCCUCAUGAACGAAGAACUAAUUGGCUGAUGCAAGAGUACAGCAUUACUCAGAAACAACUGCACAGCAAUAGCAAUCCAAAGGAAUCCGGUUUACUAUGUAGAGUCUUUAGCAGUGGAGCAAGUCCAAACCGAGAAAUGAAACAAAAACUAGGUGGUGCAGAAAUUGCUGGUGGCAACAAUUUUCAUCCAAACAGACCAGUUGUUCCAGAUACUGGCAGUACCACUGGACCAGGUCGCAUGGCCGAGUCCGAGGAAUACUUGAUCUUCAAGGUUUACAUUAUUAUAAAUAGCUAUGCAAGAAGGAACAGGGAUGACAAUACAAUACCAUUGGCUGCAGCUGCGGGAAACAUACCUGACAUGGAUUAUAUUUUAAGUGGUGACUUCUUGGAGUUGGACGAUCUUGGAGAUCCAGAAUCAAGGUCUUCCUUUUCUGACAAUUCGAGUUGUGUGACCUUGACAUCAGAGGAAUGCUUUGAUUAUUUAGCCCUUGGAGACCUAGAAGAUCCAAUUAACCAAGAUGAGCAGGGAAAGGAUGCCAAUGUCAAAUUUAAUGUUGCUGCAUCUGUCAAACCAAAUGAGGUGGUUAUGCGUCCAGCAACUUUAGAAUCUCUUGUUAGCAACAAUGGAAGGAAGUCACCGUCUAAAGCUUUAGACAAGAAACUCCUGGACAAAAGGGUCACCAAGGCAGGCAAUGGGAAUGAAGGUACAUCUCUUGUUGGCAGCAAUGGAAGGAAGUUGCCGACUAAAGCCUUAGACAAGAAACUCCCAGACAAAAGGGUCACCAAGAAUGCUAUCAAAACCCGAAAGGCAGGCAAUGGGAAUGAAGGUACAUCUCUUGUUGGCAGCAAUGGAAGGAAGUUGCCGACUAAAGCCUUAGACAAGAAACUCCCAGACAAAAGGGUCACCAAGAAUGCUGUAAAAACCCAGAAGGCAGGCAAUGGGAAUGAAGGUACAUCGAAUUCCCAUAACUUGGUAAAAUCAUCCAAGAGCAACAAAGCAGUACCAGUACCAGAAACCCACCCAAAAAAAGUGCCAAUCCCAGAAGGCAAAAAGAAUCCUCUAGUUGGAAUGAUGAAAAAGCUGUGUUGCUUUCCAUUCUAGGUCCUCUUUGAUUCUGCUUAUACUUAUGUAAAUUAGAAACCUUAUUUAAUAGAUAUAUGCACUUGGGUGACCAUCACAUCCGUUUGCCAACUAGGUCAACCUGAUUGCGUUUUAAUUAUUCAAAAUUAAAGAAUUCGUGUUCAGAUAAACUUAUUUCUAUUCUAUGUUAAAGUAUGGUUAGAAAUCACAUUUUUUAUAAAAUAGUGAUUGCUAAUCACCUUUAUUACUUAAUGUGAUUUCUGACCACACUUCAACAUAGGAUAAGAAAUUAGUUUGUCUGUACAUUAAUUAUUUAAUUUUUGAAUAAAAAGAAACGUAAUGAGGUUAUAGAGUUUCUGAUAGAAGGAUUGAAGACAUAUGUAGCUGUUGACUAAUUGUUAGUCUAAAGUGGAAACAGAGGAAUGGACUUGAUAGCCGCAGACAUGGAAAAGAAAGGUAGGAGGAGACUCUGAUUGUCAUAUUCUUUGUAAUUGUAAAGGUAUAACGAUUUGGGUUUGGCCAUUUUCAUGGUUUUUAAGUUUCCUGUUAUUUCUGACCAUGAAGUCGGGGAAUUGUUCAUAGUGAUUUGAUGAUUUAUAUAGUAUCAUAUAUGUAAUGUAAUGUAAAACUGAAUUUGAUGAAGACGGGGAAUUGUUCAUAGUGAUUUGCUAAAUUGUAUGUACUAUUCUGUUGUGCUUUGACAUAACCAUGAAAUGAAGGACUGUUUGUGUGAAA